CCUGCAAAAGAUAACGUAUAAAUUCCUUCACUUCAUAAAUGAUUAAUUGUUUUUGACCCCACAGCUUAGAAUUUGAGUGUGUCGUUAGUUUCCCAUAGAAGUUAUUUCAAACCCAUCUGCUUUUCUGCUACCUCUUCUCUUUGCAUCUAAAGGAGUUAUCGUAAUGGAGUUGAUCAUUGCGUAAACAGGCUCACUUUCAUGCAAAUACUCCUCGAUUUCUCGACUAUGGUUUUCAUCACAUGUGCAGAUGCAAUGACAAGGAUUUCUUAAACAACUGUCAGAUCAGAGAUAGAGAAAAUACUUUAGUUCCCUGUUUUAAAAAGACCUUUGGAAUAAAGCCUUUUUCUGUGAUUGAAAUACAAGUGUGCAAGUUUGGGUUACACGUAAAGAUGAUCCGAGCGAUGCCAAUGAUGGGGUCAUUAGCAAGUUCAUCUUAGAGAAGAAUUAAAGAUGUGUUUGUCAAAAGGAUUUCGAUUCUGAUUGAGAGAACCCUUGUUACACCCUGAGAGGAAAUUGAUCGCCAUGUUUAAGAACUAUUCUUGGAGUUUAAUGGCAGAGGCAUUUGUAUGCUAUCGUUGUAGCUGUCCAGGGAUUUAUGGGAUUUCCGUUUGAAAAAAAAAAUGAAUACAAUCUGAUAAAUAUUUGCAGGGUAGCAUCAACGCAAAACAGAGGCUUCAAAUAAUGAAGUGUUUAUGUAUCUCUUUAAGAUAUAACAAGCAUCGAUCAAACUUUGUGAAGCCGUCUGACCGAUAGUUUGCUCUCUUCCGCAUUUAUAUCGCUUAAGGAUUUCUGCACAUAAAAAAAUCCAGAUUUCUAUAUCGAAAGGGUCUUAUAUUCGGAUAGAUAUCAUCCGAAUUUGUUCGGUGCAUUCUGAUAAGAAAAGAAUUCUACUAAACCAAAGGCGAUAGUUCUUGGAGAGCUUCCUUAGGUGAAGAGGUGUAUUUCUAACUUUAACUGAAACUGUGCAAAAAAGCAUACCUCAUACGGAUUGUUUUCGAACACUUCCCUCGUACGAAAUAGUAAUUGGUGAGGAAUGAACACCAUUCACGACCGUCAUGCCGUCUAUGGUCCGUUUCUUUAGUGACGUUGCCGCGACUACUGCUCUCACUUCCGGUAGGAGACGAAGCACUCUUAGGAGAGGUUCUGAAAUCGGUGAACGGUUGGAGCACACGAUUCACCUGACAUCCCAUUCCUCAACACCAUCUGCACAUGAAACGGUAGUACCCGAAACCUCCGAAGGAGCAUCUUUGAUGGACAGCAUUAUUGGGUCUGUUGGACGGGUAGCCAAUGUCAAGGUUCGGAAUGAUGACGAUCUGAUAGACAGACUCAACCAUUUCUACACCACAGGUAUCCUCAUCAUCUUCACCGUGGUGGUCAGCGCUCGGCAGUACGUGGGCGACCCCAUACGGUGCUGGUGUCCGGCGGAAUUCCCCGGCACCCACGUAGACUACACGAACAAUAUCUGUUGGAUCUCAAAUACAUACUACAUACCGCUAGACGAGAUGGUGCCGCCACAACAUCAGCUACACUUGCGAAGAGAAAAAGAGUUGAAUUACUACCAGUGGGUUCCUGUUAUGCUACUCAUUCAAGCACUUAUGUUUUAUAUUCCUUGCAUUAUUUGGCGCAUUUUGAAUGGGCAGUCUGGAAUAAAUGUCGAUAGAAUCGUCAGUCUUGGAAGUAACGCCCAGUUUGAAAGUCCAGAAACUCGUGUUCGGACUAUAAAGUAUCUUGUCAAGCAUGUCGAUAGAUGUCUUUCAAAUCAACGAGACUCAAGGGGGACGUGUUGUGUGCAGCUCAGACACAUUUUGUCCACCAAGUUAUCAAUAUUAUGUGGGCGACGGUACGGGAACUUCCUGGUGGCGAUCUAUUUCCUGAUGAAAGCUCUGUACAUUGCCAACGCCAUUGGACAGUUGUUUCUGCUCAAUGAGUUCCUCGGGACGGAUUUUAAUGUAUACGGAUUCCAAGUAUUAGACGAACUAGUCAACGGGAAGGAGUGGACCGGAUCUCAUAGGUUUCCGAGGGUAACUCUGUGUGACUUUCAAAUCCGCCAAGUGACGAAUUUGCAGCAGUAUACAGUUCAGUGUGUUCUGCCGAUUAACCUGUUUAACGAAAAGAUAUACAUUUUCUUGUGGUUUUGGCUCGUGUUUGUCUGCAUUUUAUCGUGCUAUAGUUUAACUAACUGGAUGUGGCACAUGGUCUUUCCGACGACACGGAUCCAGUAUGUGCGAAAAUUCCUAAAACUAAUGGAACGAUUGGGGACAGGUCCCGACCGGAAGCUUGCGGCUCGAUUCGUCAUGGAUUAUCUAAGACAUGAUGGCGUGUUUACGCUCAGACUCAUAGGGAAGAAUUCUAGUGACAUAGUGGUGGCUGAGAUUGUCUCCGAGUUAUGGGAUAUGUAUCGAAGCAAAAAGUGCAUCCAGAUAAGGACUAACAGCCAAAACCCUGGACAUGAAACGGAAGAAGCGGAUGUAUGACUAGGAAACGGCAGGAUAUUGCGUGGCUUUAAUGAAAGUGUAGAGGAAAAGGAAGUAGAGGAAAAUGUUACGCAUGUGUAGUGCGUACCUUCUAUGUUAGUGAUAGCUGGUAGGGUCCAAAAUCCCAUUGGGCCACAAUCGACCUGCCUGGGCUUUGUAUAGAUAGAAAUCAGGAGCCAACGUGAUGUGAACAGCUAGGCACCCAAAAUGUUUGAGGAUUUCUUUCAAAUGGUUUGAAAAGAAACAAGCGAUAUCGUAGCUCAAAUUCAUAUAUUGUAUAAAAGAAAGCAAAAAGCUUAUAAUAAACGCGUUUAAAGAUUCUGAAGAAUCACGUGAUGUUCAGUACUCGAGAAGAUAUAGAAAUGGAUUUACCAAACAUCUUACACAUAAUUAUGCAGUCUUCCUCGUACACACAAUAGGAGAGAGAGAGAGCUACCGAUUCUAUGCAUUUAUCGCGUUGCCUUUAGUUCACACGACAGCUCAGGAAGACCAAGAUGCUUGCAAUUUAUCUCUUAUCAAGAACAUGUAGAAGGAACCCAAAUAAUGAAAACAAAAAAAUAGUGUUUAAAAGUCGCCAUUCCAUGUAGAAUUCAUUGUUACUAGAAAGGACUACAUCUAACGUAGAAGGCGUGCCAAAAUGUUCAUAAAGGCCUUAAACUAAAACAAUGAUUCAUAUGCAAUCAAAAUUUGUCCCCGAGUUCGGAAACAAAACUCUCUGAAGAGCUCCUUGUUUGCGCUUGAAAUCCACCUAAAGAUCACACGAAGCACAACAUCUUAUUGAUAAGAACUGAAGGUGCUAUGACAUUGCUUUUUUGCCAUUAUCAUCUCACGAAGGUGUUCGUUAUUUUUUUUCUUCAAAAGAAAGCACAGCUUUAUACAUCAUUUACCGUUUCUUUAUAGAUUAUGGUCAUGCAUAUUUCUCACCCUAAUUGUAUCAUAAUGUACAGGCAUGUAAGCAAAUUUGACUUUAUUGUGAUUUAUACAUAUUUAUGAAUACUAUGGUUUAAGUGGUCAUUUUAUAUUGCUUGAGAUUUGUAUUUAUUAGCGAAAGUGGUAACAAAGCUUUAAUGUUGAGUAUUGAUUUAUUGAUUGAAUUAUAUUUUAAGAUGCCAAUGUUUAAUCUAUUCUCAGAAGUAAACAUUCUUGAAUGCAUCAACAAUAGAAAUAUAAUUGGUACAUGUAUAUGUAUGUAUGGUUUUUUUAUUACAAAUUUGUUGCAUUCGCUCUUUGCCAAAAUACCUGAAAUUACAAACGAUCUAAUUUUUGAAGUAGCUUUUAGAAAGUUAGAAAAAUUACCGUCUUUGAAUUACUUUAUAGAUAAGUAUACAAAACAAAAAUCUUAGAUAAUGUAGAAGGUAACGAGAAAAUAGUAUAUCAUGUUCCGUUAUAUAAUAAUUCAAUCAUGCGUCACUGAAAAGAACGAAUCAAAUUAUGUUUGGAAAUUGCUUUGAUUUAAAAAAAAGUUAGUACCUUUUUUGUUGUUUGCCUCCAAAUAUUUGUCUUGAUAAGUUACCAUAUUUGACUUGGUUUGUAGAAUUUAGCAACAGAAAUACUUUUUCUUUGAAAAAAGAAGAAGAUUUAAAUGGUUGCAUGAGAUUGGAGUUUAAAUGCCGUUAUUGGUAUAUUUAAUGUCCCUUAAAAUUUCACUGAAGCCAACAUUGGUCUCCGGAUAGUCAUAAAUGUCACUUAACACCUCAAGAAAUGUUUAUACCAAAAUCUAAGACUAAAUGCUGUAUUGAUUUUGAGAUGUAGUCAGAAAGAUAAUCUCGGAUCUAUGCGUGUCACUUUGUUCAGAGUAUGCACACAUUGUAGUUCAAUACUUCACGUAUAUAAAUGAAGUGAAAAUAAUGUAAACUUGUCCGGUGAAUUAGAUCUUUGAGGAACAAAAACAUUUUUUAUCAUUACGUCAUGUGAUGUCAUCCUAACAGUCACGUGCUGUUUUCAAGAUUCACAUGAAGAUGUUCGAAAACUGCUUACAAUAUUGAGAAUUCUUGUUCAAGUUUAAUGCAGAGUCUUUUAUAUAACGUUGUUGUUUUAAUGCUGUUCAGAGGAAGCAUUGUAAAGAUUUAAUGUUCUAUCUCAAUGUUACACGGUAUUGUUUAUUUAUUAUAGCUCAUAUUCUUAUUUAUACAUAUUGAUGCAGAUUUCUUCUUUUUAGUGUAACGAGUGAUAUCAUCUUUGUUGCAUAUUUGAUACUGUACAGAUUUCAUAAAUAAACUAAAAUGAAUUAUU